UAUGGUUCUGGAGCGCUUCCCCGUCCCCGGACCAGCACUGUGCUGAAGGCGACGGGCGACGACGACAAACGACCGAUCGCUCCAUGGUGGGAUGGGUUGCGCCGAGUCUCGACACGAGCAAAGUUCUCAGCCGCUCCUCACAAAUACAAUCUCAAGCCACACCGACGACAGCUCAAUUUCCAUGCAACAGAGGUCAAGUAUGGGCCAGCCGCAGCCUGCACCACAGCCCCUGACUGGCGCUGCCCAGUUGUCCGCCCAGCAUGAGCGUUUGCUCCUCGAGCUGCUGCCCUUCAAGGAUGCCCGCCAAUUCCAUGAAUGGCUGAACAGCGUGUACGUGCUCGGGUCCUGGCACGAGUUCGUCCGCGACUACCUCGCACGCGAGCCCCUCGCUGUCGAACUCGACAAGUCCAAGACCGCCCAGAAGGCGAAGGACGCCCUCAACUCGCGCAAGCCCGAGUACCUGAUGUACCACCCGGACAAGACCGCCUGGACCGCCGAGGACCACCACGUCCGCUUCAUCGUCACCGUCAUCUCCGACAACAUGCUCAAGGGCCUGUGGUCCGAGGGCGACUGGAAGAAGAGGAGCAUCGAGAUUGCCAAAGCCGUCUACGAGGUCCUUGCCUUUAUGCGCGCCACCCACUCCGUGCCGGAUGCGAAUCCGCCGCGAUACGAGGGCUGAUUAGCGGCGUCUCUGAGAAUCGGGAAUGGGAAAUGGGAAUUGCGGAGCAGGUGCUAGCCGCUGUUGACAUGGUGAUAUCGAUAUGC